AUCCAACUUUAUAGUAAAUGAAUUAAUAAAGCCAACAAGGCCGAUCACACAUACCAAAGUCUGAAGAUAAAACAGGGAUACAAAUUGCGACUCAAAAAACGAGCGCUAAAGUUGCAAGAGAUACAGCAAAAUGAUGAAAAAACAAGAAAGCCCAUUUGAAGAUAUAAUUAGCAGGGUGGGGUACAAAUGAUUGGAUGCCACCUUCCUGCCCCGUGACCGUGAGCCAUUAGUACAGGUAUAAGCUACAUUAUCGAUCUAACAUAUUUCUUUCUGGAUAAUGGAGCGCAAUUCCUCCACUCCAACCGAUUCUCACGGAAAGAACAAAAGCAGCACAUCAUGAAAAAAAAAGAAGCUCUGUGCAGUUGCAAGGUUGCAGUUCAUCCAUCCAUUCAUAUGCCGUACUUAGCCUUUUUCUUCUAUAAUAUAUGAUAUGCACACUUGUGCAUAUUCGAGAAAAAAAUAUGCCGCCCACGCAUGCACGUGACUCAGGGGGGCACCUACCAGAACCAGAACCCCUUCCAUUUAUCUCCAUUCUCUGUCCCAGCCUCGAACAAGUAUCCAUGGCGUCUCCAUGGAGCUGGCUAUUUAAACCCCUCCACUUUCCCUCCCCAGGCUCAAAGCCGCAUACACAGUCUGUCUGGACACCGCCAUCAUCUAAGAACAGGAUAAGGAUACUGGUCGGUACGAAGCUGCAGACGCAGAGAUGAGCAAAGGUCUCGCCGUCCUGCUGCUCGUCGUGUCGCUUGCUCUGAGCUCCGGCGUCGGCUUCUGCGACGCGAGGAGUGGCAAGCACUGGAGGCAGAACAGGGGACCCUCCACCACCAUGUUCACAAGGAAAGGGAAAGGGAAGAACGGCGGCGGCUCCCCUCCCCACAGCCACAGGCAGUACGGCAAAGGGCACCAGAGUCCUGCAAUGCCGGCACCACCUAGUCCAGGUGGUGGUAAUGGCCACGCGUCGCCGUCUCCACCACCACCACAAGCACCGCCGUCGCCGCCACCGGAAGCGCCAUCGCAGGGCACGGUGUUCAGCGUGGUUGCUUUCGGAGCACGGGGUGACGGAGUUACGGAUGAUACCCAGGCUUUUGAAGCAGCAUGGGCAGCAGCAUGCAAGGUGGAGGCAUCGACGGUUCUUGUACCACCUGAACUCGAGUUCCUUGUUGGCCCAAUCUCAUUUUCGGGCCCUAACUGCAAGCCUAACACUAUAUUCCAGCUGGAUGGAACCAUUUCGGCUAAAAUUGGCGCGAGAGCGUGGGGCUCCGGUUUGCUUCAAUGGCUCGAGUUCACGAAACUAAACGGGAUAUCAAUUCAAGGCAGUGGUGUCAUAAAUGGUCAGGGUAAAGAAUGGUGGACCUAUUCAGAUUCAGAUGAUGAUGAUGAUGAUAUGGACUCAGUAAGGCCUGACCAUCUAACAGCUUCCUUACUUAAUAAACCAAUCAAAAGUAGACAAAUUUUAAUUGCUUACUUUGGAUGCUUCCAACAGUACACUGAUCAGGAGCUGGAGAAAAUGCCACAGAUUAAACCCACGGCGCUAAGGUUUUAUGGCAGUUCCAAUGUCAGAGUAACUGGUAUCAGCAUCAUCAACAGCCCGCAGUGCCAUCUGAAGUUCGAUAGCUGUCAGGGAGUCAUGGUUCAUAAUCUGACCAUCUCGUCCCCUGAGAAUAGCCCCAACACGGAUGGAAUACACCUGCAAAACUCCAAGGAUGUCAACAUUCACCACACUGACCUGGCCUGCGGUGAUGACUGCAUCUCCAUACAGACAGGCUGCAGCGACGUAAACAUACAUAAUGUGAACUGUGGACCAGGCCAUGGGAUCAGCAUUGGUGGCCUAGGAAGGUACAACACCAAGGCAUGUGUCUCCAACAUCACUGUAAGAGAUGUCAACAUGUUCAAAACAAUGACCGGUGUCAGGAUCAAGACUUGGCAGGGUGGCUCAGGGCUGGUCCAGGGCAUAAGGUUCUCCAACAUACACAUGUCAGAGGUUCAGACGCCCAUCAUGAUAGACCAGUUCUACUGCGACAAAACAUCGUGCACGAACCAAAGCUCGGCGGUGGCGGUUUCAGGCGUGCAGUAUGAGAACAUCCGGGGGACUUUCACGAUCAAGCCCGCCCAUUUCGCGUGCAGCGACAGCUCGCCAUGCUCGGAGAUCACCCUGACCGGCAUACAACUGAGACCCCUGAUCGUGCCUCAGUACCACACAUGCAGCAGCCCCUUCUGCUGGCAGGCCUUUGGGGAGCUGUACACUCCCACCAUCCCUCCUAUUUCAUGCUUGCAGCUCGGCAAGCCAGCCGGGAACCGCGUACUGUCGGACCACGAUCAGUGCUGAAACUCCAUGGACGAUCAGGGGAGCUCUUGUGCCUGCUGUGAAUAUAUAUACAGC